AUGAGGAUGAGAAUUUUGGGUAACAUGAAUUCAAGCAUGAUAGAUUUAGACAUAACAUUUACUUAUGUGGAUUACAUGGGACGGUCUUCGUUAAACCCGAAAAAGAGUUUCGGAGAUUUUGAAGACGUGGAUAAUAUAAGUCAAUUGCCUGAUGAAUUGCUAUUGAAGGUACUAUUGUUUCUCCCAACAAAAGUUGCUGUAAGCACAAGUAUAUUAUCCAAGCGAUGGGAGUUUCUUUGGAUGUGGUUGCCUAAGCUUGAGUACGAUUCAAUCUAUUACUCAUAUGAUGGUCCCCUAAGUGUAGGGCUUGAUCCUGAACGUGAAAAUCUGGUGAAUUUUAUUUAAUUCAAUCUGCCAUUACAUAAAGCUCCGGUCUUAGAAUGCUUUCGUCCCAACUUUAGCUAUGGACCAAAUCAAAUAGUUAAAGCUGAAACUUUUAGUACGUGGGUUGUAAUAGCAGUUUCUCGCUGUGUCCGUGAGUUAAGCCUCAAACUUAUUGAUUGUACGAAUCACACGUUGACUAUGAUACCGAGUAGUUUGUAUACCUGCAAAUCGCUUGUGAUCUUGAAACUCAUAGACGACAUAGUCGUGCAUGUACCUCGCAUGGCUUGUCUCUCAAACUUAAAAACUUUGCUCCUUCGACGUGUGAUUUACUCAGAUGACAAGUCUUUUUACCGACUUCUUUCCAGUUGCCCUGUUCUUGAGGAUCUAAUGUUGGAACAACAUAAAUAUCACUGUCUUAGAACAUUGAGGGUAAUUGUCCCAUCUUUGCAGAGACUAACCCUAAAGAUAAGAAGAGGUGAUAAGUUCGAUGAGCUUGUGAUAGACACUCCUUCUUUGAAGUAUUUCGAAGUUACGGAUUAUAAAGAAAGAUAUGUAACUGAGGACGAUAGCUACUCCUUCGAAUUCAAAGAUAUGCCUAACUUGGAGGAGGCGUACAUUGAUUCGAAAAACCCUGAUGUCGAAAAGUUUGUUAGAUCAAUCACAUUCGUCAAGCGGGUCUCAUUAUGCAUACGAGUCAAUGCUGAAGAGGCGGUGUAUCGUGAAGGUCUUGCAUUUAACCAGCUAAAACAUCUGAAGCUAUGUCCAUGCGAUCCAAAUUGGUCGAAACUACUUGUUCGGUUACUUAAAGAUUCUCCUAAUUUAAAAGAGUUAGAGGUCUAUAUUAAUGAUGACCAUAAAGAGAGUAAUUUAGAUCCACUGCUUCGCUGGGAUAAUGAACUGAAUUGUGUUCCUGAAUGCUUGUUAUCGAGUCUUGAAACUUUCAAGUGGACAGGGAUACAAGGAUCUCGAAAAGUGAUAGAUUUGGCAAAAUAUAUCUUGAGAAAUGCUCGUUGCUUAAAGGCUGUGACAAUCAGGUUCCGGUCUGCUCUAGAGACUGAAGAUGAACGUGAGAUGAUGAUCACCUCAAUGCCGCUAGUGUUUAUUGUUUGGAAGUUGCUUGCCAAUUUUAAGAUGUUGGCUUCGACAAAGCUAUUGUUAUGA